AUGCGCUCCUUCCAGCACGAAAGCAAGCCGGCACGCGUUAUCUUUGGCAAUGGCACGCUGCAAAGCAAGUUGAAGCAAGAGGUGCAGCAUUUGGGCGUGCGCCAUGCGCUCGUGCUCAGUACCCCCUUCCAAACCAACCUGGCAGAAGAAGCAGCCAAGCUGCUCGGCGAGGGCGACAGCCCCAUCCAGGUGUCCAUCUUCACCAAGGCUACCAUGCACACGCCCGUUGAGGUGACGGAAGAGGCCAUGCAGGCCAUGGGCGAUGCCGAUUGUCUGAUCGCGCUCGGUGGUGGAUCGACCACGGGUCUGUCCAAGGCCAUUGCUCUGCGCCGUCCUGGUCUUCCGCAGAUUGUGGUACCGACCACCUAUGCUGGUUCCGAGGCGACGUCUGUCGUUGGACAGACAGAGAACCGCAAGAAGACGACGGUCAAGAGCAAGGACAUCCUGCCCGGUACCAUUGUGUACGAUGUCGGCCUGACGCUGACCUUGCCUGCUACCAUGACGUGCACGUCGGGUCUGAACGCGAUUGCACACGCCGUCGAAGGCCUCUAUGCCACGGAUGCUACGCCCAUUACCGACAUGUUUGCCGUGCGCGGUAUCCGUUCCAUGCUGACCGCUCUCGAGACGCUGCAAAAGACCAGCCAGGACGACAGCUCGGCGAUCCUCGAUGCGCGUGCCGAUGCACUCGAAGCCAGCUGGCUCUGCGGCACUGUCCUGGGUGCCGUCCACAUGGGUCUGCAUCACAAGCUGUGCCACACGCUCGGCGGUAUGCUCAACACGCCUCACGCCGAGACGCACGCCAUCCUGUUGCCCUUCACGCUGCUCUACAACUACGCCAGCCUGACGCCCGCGCAGAAGGCCUGGUUUGGCCAAGCAUUCGACACCCAAGACGGCCUCGCGAUCGCCCAGCGUCUGCGUGCCACGCUGACCAACCAGACCGGCGUGCCGCUCUCGCUGAAAGAGGUCGGUGUGACCGAGGAGGACCUGCCCAAGGUCGCGGCUCAGGCGGCGUCCGCGCCUUACCCCAACCCCCGCGCCUUGGUCGAGGACAGGCUGCUGUUCCUGUUGCGCUCGGCCUGGCAGGGCACUCUGGACGGCUCGAUUCAGGAGUGA